AUGGGCGGUGGCGCGCCCAGCCUUGUCCGCUUGGCCUUGUUGGAUGGGGCAGCGUGGGCGCGCGAUGCCAUCGUCACGCUGGUCGGGCACACUGCUGGUGCGACGCGUGCCCUGGCAUCGGCGCGCCGGCCACGGGUGGGGCCCCCCCAGCUUGCGGACCCGGAAGUGCACGAUGGCCACGACGCGUAUCGACGGGCAGUAGCACAGGCCACGUGGUCGGCCCACAAGGCGGUCAUCCGCAAAUAUGCCCAGCUGCGACGCGAUGCACCGAAUCAGGCGGAACGCUACAUCGCCAAGUUCUUCUCUGCUCAGCAAGCGUUCGAGAUUGCACAUGCACAGCCAACCACAGGGGAACCCCUGGAAUGCCCCGGCAUGGCGGCGGCUGCGGAGGCCGACUUGCGCGCUAGGGUGGAUAAUGAUUUCCCUCGCGACCCGGCCGAACAGGACGCGCAGCGGAAAGUCGUGUCCACCAUUCGGGCUGCCGGGGCUGGCGAACCUGCACCGAAGGCAGGCAGCGCGGACAGGGAAGGCGUUCAGGAUGCCCUCCGGCUCAGCCGCAAUGCCGGCAAGCUGGAGGCCUAUGCCGGGGCAGCACGGCAGGGCGGUGUUGGAGACCCGCUCUCGCUAGCGCUCGCCCUCGCCAUCCAUGCACAAUUACGCGCGUCGCAGAACAUGCCGACCUGGUGGGCGCUAACGGACCUGCGCUGGGCUUUCGACGUGGCCUCCAGGCCAGCUAUGCUGCUUGCCGCGCUCGCAGCAGGGAUUCCUGGCGCGGACUGGCUCAUCUUGGACGAUACUUUUACCCAGGACAGGCUCUGCGUUUCAUUGCCUGGUUGCCUAGGCGCCGCCUUUCUCCUGGGAGCCGGGACGGUCCCGGGGCGCCGUUUCUCUGCGCACGUUUUCAAUGGCCAGCUCCGUGGGCUGGCCGAUGAAGUGGAGAACGUGCUCCCGCGAGGAUGUUCCUCCUUCAUCCCCGCGCCGCACCGCCGCAUGCUAGCGGGGUUUGAAGCCACAUGCCCGGCGCCAACCAGCGAUCCUGCAGCACCCGCCCCGCCCGCUUCGUCGGGGAAGCUCCUUGGACUUGCCGGGGAGAUUGUCCACAAAGCGGCGGCUGAGGAGCCCCCAGGGCCUCCAGCUCAGGUGCGCGCGCGCUGCGCGUUGACAGCAUGUGCGUCUCAGGCUGAUAGGGUAGCGAUUGUGAACGCCUUCGGCACCGUGCCCCUACCUCCCGCCCAAUACUCGGGCGACCUCGCAGUCGCUUGCCCUUCCCCGGGCGCGCUGCGCGCCGUUGUCUCUGAUGAGCCCAUGUCCGCGCGCUCGCUGUACGCGCGGCGCACGCGCGCCCAAUUCAACUACGCCACGGGGAACACUGCGGUCAUGGCGCUGUGCGAGAGCCCUGACCCAGGAUCGGUAGGAGCAGACGAGGCGCCGCGGCCGGCGGAGCCCCGCUGCGAGGGGGCGGAGGCGGAGGCGGCGGGCUGCGGCUGGCUGGGGCCCGCCAGGGGCCGGCCGAGGCGCGAGGGGGGCGGCGCGCUGGCUGGCGGAGGCGGGGGGCGCCGAGGCGGGGCCGGGCUCGGCCGCCCGCCGGCCGGCGGGGCGGACGGGGCGCCCACCGCCGGAUGGCCUCCCCUGGCGGGCCCACUACGAGAACGAACCAACUCACGCGUGCACGUGCCCUCGCUAUUAGCAGCGGCGGGGCUGCUUGACCAGCAGGAGGCGGCGGGAUGGAGCACGCACCCGCUCACGCACGACUGGUGGCAGCCGACAGUGGAGGCCUUGCAGCAAGCGGACCCCGUGCCAGCCGAGACCUUCGCCCAAGGGCUGGAGUUCGCAGGGGCCAGCCCAGGGGCGAUAUAUGCCGUGAUCGCCGCUGGGGGCGGAGCACGCCCUGGACACGUGCACCUGCCGCCUGCGGUCAGAGCGCUGGCGGACAGCGCUGGCUACAUCGACAACCUCGCCCAGGACCUCUUGCUCGAGCUCUUCGGGGGGGUCGUGCUGGCGCGGGGGGUCGACCGGCGCGCAGACGAGCUCCGCGACCCGGCCAGGAGAGAGGCGGGGCAGCAAAGGAUCCCCAAGGAGCAACUCCUGGAGAGGUUCACCCGCUUCGAGGCUGGAGACUGGGCGCAGCUUCUGACGGAAGCACAGCCGGGCCCGCCGCGCAGGCCGCCCGAGCGAGACGCGAACGGGCAGAGCAGGGCGCCCGAGGCACGACGGGGCCGGGCGCCAGACGAAAACGAGGAGCUCCGCAGCCGCUGCGAGAGGGCCCGCGAGCUGAUCCGCCUCGGCGAGGUCUCGGCGGCGCGGCAAGCGCUGACAGCGAGCGCGGUGGCACCAGGCACACAGGCCACUCUGGACGAACUCCGGGACCCGGCACGCCGCCUGCAGCAGCCGAGAGAGCAGCUCAGCGAGCGAGCCGCCCGCGCGCCGCCGCAAGGCCUCGCCAGCCUGGAACCAGACCGCCUCCUCACGAACGUGCGCAGGAGUCGCCGGGGCGCUGCGCCGGGCCCCUCAGGGAUGACGGGAGAACACUUGCAGACGCUGCUGGACGACGAGCACUGCUGCGACCUCCUGCACCACGCUGCCACGCUCCUUGCGAGGGCGGAAAUCCCUGGCCCCGUGGCAGAGGCCCUCCGGCUCGGCCGCCUCACGGCGCUGCGCAAGAGCAACGGGAGGGCGCGAGGCAUUGUGACCGGCGACGUCUUCAGGAUACCACACGUCGGGGACCUGCAAUCCUCGUGGCUCCUGCUCAGCAUGUGCGCCAACCCCCGGGCCAACUUCUUCCUGAGGGCGCUGGCUCCCGAGGACACGGCCGCCUUCGCCGCAGCGCACGACGACAACCUGGCCAACGCGCUCGCCGACUUGCUGGAACUCCCGCAAGAAGCUGUCGCAGAAGGCACGUCAGCGCGCCAACGCUGCCAACUGCCGCUUUGCAUGGGGGGGCUCGGCCUGCGAAGCGCGUCCAGGACGGCGCCGGCGGCCUGGUGGGCUUCCUGGGCAGACUGCGCGCAGAUGCUCCGCGAACGCUGCCCCGAGCUCACAAACCAGAUCUGCGCUGCACAGAGCGAGCUGGACCGGGGCCCGCUGCCGGCCGCUCCCGGGUGCUUACAACAAGCCAGCAGGGCAAAGGAGCACCUCUCGGCGCACGGCUUCGCCGCGCCCAACUGGCACGACCUUGCGCAGGAGCUGUAG